AUGGCGGGUGAAGACAUGAUCAAGGACAACGGCGACGAGGUCCGGCUCGAGACUUUGGAUGGAGCCUCAGCUGAUAUUCAUGACCGACCGACCAAGGAGAAGGCUCUAGUGAGACGAAUCGACAAGCGAAUGAUGCCAUUGAUGAUGCUUUUGUAUAUUCUUAACUAUCUCGAUCGCAACAAUAUCGCGACGGCGCGACUUGGCAACUUCGAAGAAGAUAUUGGUCUUGUCAAUGAACAGUACAAUACUGUCAUCAGUAUCUUCUUCGUUGGUUACAUCCUCACUCAGGUGCCUACGAACAUGAUUUUAAACAAGAUGCGACCGUCUAUCUUCUUGCCUUCUAUCAUGGUCUGCUGGGCAACUGUCAGCGCCUGUACUGGAGCCGUGCAGAACUACGAAGGCAUGAUUGCCCUUAGAUUCAUCCUUGGCUUCGUCGAGGCACCGUUCUUUCCCGGCGCUCUGUUUCUAUUCAGCUCAUGGUACACCAAGAAGGAACUUGCCGUCCGCAUAUCGGUUCUCUACGCUGCUGGCCAAAUGGCCGGUGCCUUUGGUGGUCUUCUUGGAAGUGCUAUCAUGUCUGGAAUGGAUGGUAAAGCAGGCCUUGCAAAUUGGCGAUGGCUUUUCAUCAUUGAAGGAUGCGCAACCUACCCCGCCGCAGUCGUUACAUACUUCGUUGUCCCAGAUUAUCCUGCCACCACGCGCUGGCUCAGCGACGAAGAACGCCGAAUCGCCGUCUUGAGAAUGGCAGAAGAUGCAAACAAGGAAGAUGAUCGAGCAGAUGUGUCAGCGUGGGAAGGUACAAAGAUGGCAUUUGCCGACCCUGCACUUUACAUGAUCUGGAUCAUGCAACUUGGACUCAACACUGCUGCCGCUUUCACCAACUUCUUCCCCACCAUUGUCAAGACCCUUGGAUACAGCUCGACCAUUACACUCCUGCUUUCUGCGCCACCGUAUGUCUUUGCUGCUAUUCUAGGUAUUACCAAUUCGUGGCAUAGCGAUCGUGUCAACGAGCGAUGGCUGCAUGUUGUGUGGCCGCAGAUCUUCUGCAGUAUCGGCUUCAUCAUCUCGGCUGUCACUCUGAACACUGCUGCUCGCUAUAUCGCUACAUUCAUGAUGAUGUCAAUUUAUGGAUCCUUCGGUUGUAUUCUGUCAUGGGUAUCAUCUUCCCUGCCGCGUCCGUCGACAAAGCGCGCUAUCUCGUAUGCAGUUGUCAACGCGGGGUCCAACCUUGCUUCCAUCUAUGCCUCAUAUUUCUAUCCAUCCACUCAAGGCCCGCGAUAUUGGCAGGCAAACGUAGCGAACGUGGCUUUCAGUGGGCUCUGUAUUAUUAUGGCGACUGUGUUGAGGUUCUUCCUUGCUUGGAGAAACAGAAAGUUGGAAAAGGCAAGGGAGCAUGAUAUCCAGAACGAGGGUACCUUGAAUGGAAGUGCGACUAAGGCUUUGACGGAGAAGUGGCACUGUGGCUCAGAGUAUGUUUACACUCUCUGA